AGUCUCAGCCGCCGGGACCAGCGCUGGCCAGCAGAGGUCGUGAAGUCGAGUCGGUCGGAUCAUCUUCAGCAGGGGACGCCAGUGGAAGUCUGCGUCUGUCCCAGCGUUUGUUCUUCAGAUAGACCCCUUGAAUUUCAAUCUGGUCCUAGUCGUCACUCUUCAUUUUUGUGAUUUUUCUAGUGAUUCUUUUCCAUUGCUUUUCGGAUGUAUUUAGAUCCAUUUGGAUUUCAAGUGCAAACUCUUGUAGGAUAAGGAAAUUUAUACCUUUUAACUAAGGACAAAAAGAGAAAAAAAAGACUUCAGCAUAAAGUUUAAACAACCGAAGCCUUAGUUUUUUAACAGAACACUUGUUUAGGUAGGAAAACUCAGUGCCUGAAAUGAUUUCCCGGGAUUCAGCCCUAACCACACCCAUGCUGUGUGUCGUUCUGCUGGCAGUGGGUCUGCCACUUACAAUUGCAUAUGGGGCGUCUGGUUGCCAACAGGAACAGAACUGUCGUCUGCCAGACUGCUUCUGCCCGACAUUCGAGCAUCCCUUGGGGAGCAACAACGUGCCUCAGAUGGUCUACUUCGGGUUCGAUGAUGCUGUACAGGCGCAGGUGUCUGGCUACUACGACGAGCUGUUCACUAGUGACCGCAGGAACCAGAACGGCUGCCCCAUCACCAUGACUUUGUACGUGAGUCACCAGUACACAAAUUACGACAAAGUUGCUGAGUACUACAAGAGGGGCAUGGAGAUUGGCGUCCACAGCGUGACACAUACGGACAUCGACACAGCAGCUAAGCUACAGGAGGAAGCCAACCAGCAAAAACAGAACAUCGUCAAUAACGCAGGGGUCCCCGCGUCUCAAGUGGCCGGAUGGAGGAGUCCCAAUCUGAAGACCGCCGGCGACGACCAGCCCAGAAUUCUGGGAGAACUGGACUACCUGUACGACAUCUCCCUCACCUACUCCCGAGACGCGAACGUCCCCUGGCCCUUCACACUCGACUACGGCUACCCAUACCCCUGCAUGAUCUCCCCGUGUCCUAGUGGUACAAAUCCACACAAAGGUUUCUGGGAGGUGAUGGUCCACUCUCUUCAGAACCCACGGACAGGUUUCCCUUGUGGCUACGUUGACGGCUGCAGACCGGAAGGCGAAUCAGAUGCCGAGGAGUACCUAUGGAGCAACUUCCUCCACUCGUACGAAACGAACCGCGCUCCUUUCGGCCUGAAUAUGCACGCUGCCUGGUUUGCCACUCCAGAGUACAUGACGGCGAUGGGCAAGUUCAUUGAUCGUCUGCUGACGACACCUGAUGUGUAUAUUGUGAACGUGAGGCAAAUGUUGGAGUGGAUGAAAAACCCAGUGCCAGUGUCGGAGAUAAAAAACUUCGCUCCUUGGGGAUGUCCAGGGGUAACCACGCCACGACCUACUAGAAAGCCGACGACAAGAAGACCCACAACGACAACCUCUAUCCCUAAACCAACAACCACCGCGGGAAGACGUCCUUACUGGUACAGGCAGCCCACAAAAGGUUCCCUCACUUACCCCGUGAAGGGGGUCGAGAACACACAAGAUACAAACCGUACACCUGUCGAUAACCGCGGGUCUGACAGUGGAAGAGUCUUGCCAUGGGUACGUGAACACGGCUGGCGUGCGGCGACAUCGACAAGGAGUCCUGCUUCCAGCUGGAACAGUAACGUAAACCAACAGAAUAAUGACGGGGCCCAAUGUGUGCAAGACGUCAAUUGUCACUUGCCUGACUGCUUGUGUCGGUCAGUCACCCCACCACCCCACUUGAGCACCACAGGAACCCCACAGAUCAUCUACCUCGCCAUUGGCACUGAAGUCGAUGGAAACUCUUAUGCUUCGCUGUUACAGCUUUUCUCGGGUGACAGAAAAAAUCCCAACGGUUGUCCUAUCUCUGGUACAAUCUUUGUCCCCUCUGACGGAAACUACCCGCCAUAUAUCCAAGCUCUGAAGUCUAACGGCGUCCAUGUCGCUCUGCGAGGCGGCUCCUACGAGGGCUGGUUUUAUGGAGAUGCGAUGAGGAGAAGAGUCGCCCAAGUAAUCCAUAGCAUCAAACCUGACGCGUCCUCUAAGGCCGGCUGGCGAGGUUAUGCAAAUUUGGCACCCAACGAUGACGUCUUCCGCACACUGACAGAACAAAACAUUCCCUACGACAGCUCAAUUGUCAGCGGUAAUUCUGACUUGCCUUGGCCGUAUACACUCGACUUCGGCCUCGGAGACCAGUGCGCAGAACGUCCGAGCACUUGCCCGAAAGGACGCUAUCCUGGGCUGUGGGAAGUCCCGGUCACGCCCUUGGUUGUUCCACGUAGCGCCGGCCACUACUCCGGCGGGGGUGUGUCCUCAUCCACCUGCGCGUUCCCAGAUACAUGUCCCGGCACGAUCAACUCCGAGUCCUUCAUGAAAGAACUGUUGAAUAGGAAUUUCAUGCGUCACUACAACGGCAACCGUGCACCCUUUGGGAUCAACCUCCAAGACUCGUGGUUCAUGAACACAGACAACCAGGCUAGUCUCAGAGGACUCUUCGCCUUUCUAGACGAUGCGUUAGCUAAACAUGACGUCGCUGUGCUAUCCAUCGAGCAAAUGCUGGAUUGGGUCGCCAGUGGUGACAACAAUAUAAUGAACCUAAAAUGUUAAUGUCUACAACAAAUCUCUCUUUCCAUGUUAGAGUAUAGAAGAUGCUCUGCAACUGGUAGUAUUUCUAAGAGAAACGUUUUUGAUGAGUUGGAAUAAUUCUGGAUGAGAAUUGAUAUUCUCUCUUUCUGAAGGGAUGAAAUAAAAACGGUUUUCUUAGCAAGCUUCAUGAGUCGAGCAACGACGGUAAAACAUUUGUUCCGCAACCAGAACAACUCUAAUAGUUGUCUUUCUUACAUAGCCUUGAGUAUUUUAUUACAAUAAAGCAGAAUUGCUUUUUUGCUGCGUUUGUCAUCUUGAAAAGUGUCCCACUGAUAUAGAUAAAGGAAGAUAAACUUUCAUAGAAACAUGGAGAGUGAGGACGCACCAAGAACAAUAAUAUUAUGUACGCGAACUCAGACGUGAAAUAUUAAAAAAAACAAACAAAAAAAACAAAAACAACAACAACAACAAACAAACAACAAACCCCCAAAAGGAAGGAGACACACAUCAGAAGGACAACGAGGUGUGGAACAACACACUUCGAGACCCAGUUACUAAACCAACAUGUCACGCACAGUUGCCCAUUUUCAGAAAUGCGACUUCAGACAUUACAGAGGUCCAAUCAUGUGCCAUUUAAAUUUCCAAAGAUAAGUAGCAAAGAGGAGAUGUAGUGUAAAUAAUCUUUACAAACAAAAAAGUAGCAAAUUCUAGAAAAGUCUAUACCGUAUGUAAAAAUCAUUUCACCUAAUAAUUGCAAAAAGUGGGAAGUUAUUUCUGGCAAGUCAGUUUCUCAUCUCUUCCUAUAGACGGUUAAAAUGACAAACCUGCAAAUGAAACAAAGCGAAACUCGAUUCAUUUUCAACCAGAGAAAUCAAUAAUUUCGUUAAUGUGGCAAAAGUAGGAAAUGAGAUACAAAAUCAAAUAAGAAUAAUCUUUCCAAACUACAAUGGUGACGUUAAGUAAGAAAAUACGAGAUGAAACUGUCUAGUCUAGAUGGCUGGUUGUGUUAAAUCUAAAUUCCGUGGUUGCUGGAGAGUUAACAUGAUCAAAGGAACUUUUCCUAAAUAUUGUUGUGCAACCUAGGACUGUAAAUAGCCUACAGGUGAAGAAAAAUGGCCAUCGCUCACCUGUGUGUUCCAUGUGGUCUUCACAUUUUGUCGAACUCACUCACUCAGUUGUCGCCGAAAGGCUGAAUGCCUUUUUAGUUAGACAUGAUUAAAGUGUUUGGAAGUAGCUGAUCUAUCUACACUUAGGUGUAGGCUAACUACUGUCGAUUUUUAUUAAAGAAUUGCCAGUGAAUGAACAUCAAGCAGGCAAGAGGAUGGGAAGAAGGGAACUGCUAAUUCUACUAGAUGCUGAAUAAAAUACGGUAGACGAUUUUUUCUCCUCCCCCUGUUCUUUUUCGUCAUCAUCCCCAGCAUCCAGCCCAACUCACUCACACACACACACACACACACACGCACACACACACACACACCCACCCAGUGGCACAACCAGACACCCACACAGAUAAAUACAAACACUCACUAAAAGUCAUACCCACUAAUAUUAUAUUUACACGCAAACAUUCACACGCACACUCACACACACAUGCACACACACACAUACACAGACACACACACACACACAACCAAAAGAACCCAUUUUCCCGAACACAUUCGCCCUUUUUUUCGCCCUCACACACGAAAGCAUACCCACAAUACGACAAAAUACUCCGAACAUUAAUUUGUAAAACGUUGAAAUGGACCCCCAACGUCUCCUCCCCCCCCCAAAAAAAACAACAACAACAACCCCCCAACAAAAACAAAAGAGAAAAAAAAACUUUUAAAAGAGUUCCCCCCCCCCCCCCCCCAUUAAAAAUGUGGGGGUGGAGAUCUCGUUUGUAGCCGAGAACCGGCGACGCAAUUCUUGCGAAACCCAUUUGUUCUCCCUUUCUACGUUUCCCACCCCUACUACCACCCUACACCCAGAAAGCAACAACAAAAUAAAACAUAUAGAACAAACAAACAAACAAACAGAUACAUCAACAGCAACAACGAAAACCACGCUUGAUUAUUUUUCUUUUUCAUCAACAUGAACCCAUUUCCUUCUUUUUUAAAGUGACAAUUUGAUUUCUCUCGUUUACUAUUAAAGAACCAAUUUUUGGGAAC